AAAAGGUGCAGUAAAGAUUCUGACAAGACAAAGCUGGACGCUGAAGACACAACGUCUUUUGUCGCGUGAGAUCAGCAACAUCGAAAAACUUCAUCAUCCGAAUGUGAUCAGAUUAUAUGAGGUCGUAGAAACACUGACUACUAUCAUAGCUGCCGUCAGACAUAUACACACGCACAACAUCGUGCAUCGGGACGUGAAGGCAGAGAACGUGUUCUUCGCUAACGACCAGACGGUGAAGCUAGGAGACCUAGGCUUCAGUACUACCUGUGUGGCCGGGCAGCUGCUGAGUACGUUCUGCGGAUCGCCUCCCUACGCGGCGCCAGAGCUGUUUCGAGACGAGAGUUACGUUGGCCACUACGUCGACGUGUGGGCGAUGGGUGUGCUACUCUACUUCAUGGUCGUCGGCACGAUGCCCUUCCGCGCCGACACUGUUGGCAGACUCAAGGUCCGAGAGGCGCUCAAGGAACUCGGCAUAACAGACACGCACAUCAAGGAAUCUCGGGCCAAGAGUUCCCGGAGUAGCAUCACCGGUACAUACCGCAUCAUGCUGCACAAGAUACAGAAACGCAACUCGUCCGACAAUCUCACUCUAGCGACGGCCGACGCAAACAGCAAUAAUGCCAAGAACAAUCCCACACCUGCCGACGUGCAGGUGCGCGUUCAUAACGCGGUGAACGCUACCGCCACGGGCGGCAAAGCUGCAAGACAUUCGAGAUUCUGCGUUGUCUUAUAGCAUCGACUUACAACGUGAUCCGUGGGGAUUGCGUGAACCGGUGAGAGGGAAUCACGCGCGCACCGUGAGGCGCGUUCACGUUGCGUGACGACGCGCUCAUGCACCAACAUGUUCUGCUUGCAUCUAUGAGAAAUACGACAUACGCAUA